AGGCUGAGGCUUGAGGAUCAAUAGAGAGGGAGGCUAGAACUGUCCUUUGGGGGAAAAAAGAAAGAGAAAAAGAGAAAAACGCCGAGACGCUGCUAACAAGACUAAAUACAGUUAGGCUCGAUAUUAACGUUGUAAGAGUUUAAACAUUUUUCGCAGCCGCCGUUAGCGACAAUGAACGGACAGAUGAAUGGUUUCCAUAACUCCCUCAUUGACGAGGACUGCUUCUUGUUCACCUCGGAGUCGGUCGGAGAAGGACACCCCGACAAGAUCUGCGAUCAGAUCAGUGAUGCAGUUCUAGACGCCCAUCUCAAGCAAGACCCUGAUGCCAAAGUUGCAUGUGAGACUGUUGCCAAGACUGGGAUGAUCCUGUUGGCCGGCGAGGUGACUUCACGGGCCACAGUUGACUACCAGAAAGUUGUUCGUGACACCAUCCGCCAAAUUGGAUACGACGACUCCUGCAAAGGAUUCGACUAUAAGACCUGCAAUGUUCUUGUGGCCUUGGAGCAGCAGUCUCCUGACAUCGCUCAGGGUGUUCACAUUGAUCGCAAUGAGGAGGAUAUUGGAGCAGGGGACCAGGGGCUGAUGUUUGGAUAUGCCACUGAUGAGACUGAGGAGAGUAUGCCCCUCACUAUUGUCCUUGCCCAUAAGCUGAACGCUAAGAUGGCCGAGUUGCGUCGCAAUGGCACCCUUCCAUGGCUCCGGCCAGACUCUAAGACACAGGUUACUGUCCAAUACCGCCAGGACCGUGGCGCCAUGCUUCCAGUUCGCGUGCACACAAUUGUUGUCUCUGUUCAGCACGAUGAGGAUGUCUGCCUGGAGGAGAUGAGAGAUGCCCUGAAGGAGAAAGUCAUCAAGGCUGUCGUUCCCUGCAUCUAUUUGGAUGAUGACACCAUCUACCAUCUGCAGCCCAGUGGGCGAUUUGUUAUCGGAGGCCCACAGGGUGAUGCUGGACUGACAGGGCGUAAAAUCAUUGUUGACACUUACGGAGGCUGGGGAGCCCACGGCGGUGGUGCCUUCUCUGGGAAGGAUUACACAAAGGUGGACCGCUCUGCUGCUUACGCCGCACGCUGGGUGGCCAAGUCUCUGGUGAAGGCUGAGCUCUGCAGGAGAGUGUUGGUCCAGGUGUCCUAUGCUAUUGGAGUUGCCCACCCCCUCUCCAUUUCUAUCUUCCACUACGGGACCUCCAACAAGAGUGAGAGAGAGCUGCUUGACAUUGUGAAGAGGAACUUUGAUCUCCGUCCUGGAGUUAUUGUCAGGGAGCUGGAUCUGAAGAAGCCCUUGUAUCAGAGGACUGCAGCCUAUGGCCACUUUGGCCGAGACUCCUUCCCAUGGGAGGUGCCCAAAAAACUCAAAUACUAAACUUGUUAAGCUUUUCCCCCCAGGCUUGUUGGUGUAUACUACAGAGAAGCCUCCAAGGUUCCGGGGGUGAAAUGCGCUUAUCUCUUUCAUAAUGGUAUCAUUUAACACAUGACUCCCCUCCUCACUCCACCUCCCUCCUUUGUCUUGUUACUGUUCUCUGCUGGUUGCAGUAUCAUACUGGGUCCUAAGCGGCAUGCCUCAGAAACUUGAUGUUUAAAGAAUUGGAUGGGUUCCAUGAACUCAUGCACCAUUGGUACUAAAUGUUCUCCCACGUCUUGAGGUCCCCCUGCUUCUUGUUGUGAUAGACCCUAAUUAGCAGCCUUCAGUUUGAAUCCUUUUGGCAUUCCACACACUCGUCAAUAUCGUCAGUCUUAUAUUCAGUGUCAUGGCGGUAGCAUAUUAGUCUAUAUGCGAUACCCCUCUUAAUUUACUGGUGCUACUGAUGUUAGGAGUCUGUGCAACAUCUACAAAUUUUUAGUCAAUUUAGAAGCAUAAUUUGAUAGUUUUGAGGGUCCGGUUCUGGCACCUUUUGCAAACAAGUUAAGCUUCUUUCUAAACAUUCCUCCUUUGUCAAUCUGGUACCAUUAUUCCCUAACCCAGUGUUCUUUAUUGUUUUUGUUAGCUUUAUCCCCUCGUCUUAAUGGAGGAUGCUAGAAUGGCACAAUUAAAAUUCAAGGGUUGUUGCUGUGUUAAAAAAAAAAUGCUAUGCAUUGCAGGCUAAGGGGCGAGCCAAAUCCUAAUUAUUCCAACUCUCAAAUGAGCCUAAAGCCUCAGAUGCCUCUACAGACCUUUGCUGUUUUCUGACGUAAUACAGAAAAGUCAGAAGCUGCUAUGUCACUGCUCUGGUCUGCAGAGGUAUUGGUUAUACUUGAUAACGAUUGAAAAAUUGGAUUAUUUAUUCAUUGAAAUUCAAUUUUAAAUGAGCCCUUUUUAAUAAAAAAAAGUAGUUCACUUGCUUUUUUUAUGGUUUUGAUGUGACUAAAGGCCCUUUUACUCCUUAAGUAUAUUGAUGGCAGGUGUAGCUACAGAGAAACCUGUUUACCAUCUUUAUCCUUAGUGGAGUAUGUUCUUUGCCACUGAGUCUUUUUGGCUGAUACUCAAACCUCAACACUAUUUAUUUGUUCUCUGAAACGCGGCGUGGAUACAGAGAAGCCGUGGUUUCAGAAGGCAGCUUUAAACACACUUGGUUAUUGAAUCUCUAAUUCCUUUUUUAAUCUUGCUCAUUUUUCAGUGUUUAGCUUGAGACUCCAGAGUGUUGUACAGAAAAGCUUUGGUCUGCCUCAGCUGGCUACUGUUAAUGGCAAUUUUACGACCUAUUUUUAUUUGUGGACUGUAUCUUAUUUUUAGGUGGGUUAGUUUUUAAAUCCCAUUUAAAAUGUCUGGUGCAAUUCUUUGGCUCUCCUAUCCUCAUUAGUGGAAUGGCAACAUUUGGUUGGUGUAGUACAGAGAAACCAGCCUUGUUUACAUGGCCGUCCCUUGUGUGGGAUAAGAGUUUCAAGUUUUGGUUUUGUUCCCAUUUACCGCUCGGAGGUCAUCCAGUUGACUACAGUAAGUGUAAGAGUGCCUUUUCUAUUUCCUCUACUCCCCAUUUGCUUUUCUACCCUCGUACAAACAUGCGUUCAAACUUCCAGAGGAACAAGUAGCUCAUACUGUAUUAUGCUUCAUGUCUAGUCUGGGUAGUUUCCUUAUGCUCUGUAAUAAACAACUACUCCUUUCAAA